GCCACGAUCCAGACUGACAAGAGAAGAAUUACGACGUCUCGUGAAAAAACGUAAACACGCGUGUCACAAAUACACGGUACAAUCUGCACUAAUCCACACGAAAUGUCAGACGAUCUCGUGACUAUCAGCUGUGAAAAAAAAACAAGAUCACCAAAUAAUCUCUAUAUCCUUUGAUUCACGAAUGCAAGCGUGUUUUUUGUGUACGUUGAGAAGUUUAGUAGAACAAAGGAUAAUAUGGAUAUUUGGUAUCUGGUAGAAAAUUUAUAAAAUUUUAUAAAAUGGGUGAAGACAAUCAUAUAAGAGAGCAAUGGCAGCUUCUACAGAGUCUACGGUCAACGGUAGAAGGUUUACUGGUUUACGGAGUCUCCAAUGUUUGGAACGUUUAUGGCGGAUUAAACAGAUUGCAUAGCGUUAUCGAACAGAUUUUCAAGCACGGAUGUAGAAUAUUUGAUCCAUUGGGUGAACCAGAUUGUUGGGUAUUUAUACAAGGCUUGAGUUGGCUGCAACCUUCCCUGGCAAUAUCACCCUCGGCUGUCCAGACUGACGACUAUUUGUUGAAUCUACCAGCACGAAUAACAUCUCGCAGAGAUCUAUUAUGGAUGUACAAAAGUUUGGAAAGUCAUUCGCUUUCUCAAAAACUGUCGUGGCUGCUAUCAGACAAAGAGCAUUUGUUGUCUUGUCUCGAGCCAUGGGCUUUUCUUUGUCAAGAAAGUUUGGCUGAAGCCACGCUUAUUUGUCUCAGAGCCGUGGAGAGAAAUCAGGCUGCCUUACUGACGGAAAUUGAUCCCUGCUUGUUUCUACCGGGCGGUCGUUUUUUAAAAAACAGCCCAAAACGUCAUCGGCGAUCGUCAUCGUAUCCAACAAAUUUUGGAAUCGUGAGGGACAAGACGCCGAAAAAUUCGUCGCAGACGAAUGAUCCUGAGGAAAAAGCUGGAAGAAUCGAAAAGGGGGGAAAGAUGGAUGAUGGAACGAGUGAAAAAAAUGGAAAUUUAACCGGCGACGUUGGAAGCGAAGAUCGGGAAAACGAAAUUUCUCUAAAGUCGUGGAACAGUUUGCCGGUGCUUUGCAAGGACCACGAAGUUUGUCAAAAAAAUUGUCCAUUGCCUUUAACUGUUUUCAUGGCGUCCAAUCGACCAGAAGAGGAUGUGAUCCGUGCUGAAAAGUCGAUAACUCUCGCAGACGUCAUAAAAGUCGAUUACAGUGAGGCUAAAAUGACAGAAACGUGUUCGAAAAAACAUUAUUUCAACGGGAAAAAACCAAAAAUUCCACUUCGAAAAUUAAGACACAAGAAAAAUUCGUAUCCAACGAAAAAUGAUAUUGUUGAUGCGUCCGACGUUCAAGAAUUUUCAAACAAUUUUUACGCAGAAAGAAAAGAAGACAUUGAAAAGUUUUCGAGUAAGUCGCGUGUCAGAAAGAUAGAUAAUUUUGAAAAAACUUCAAUCAAUUCUGGUGCACCAAUAAUUGCUAGUUCUGGGGACAUUUCGAAAAAUUCCGAUGAGCCAAAUUUCGAAGAAAGUACCGUAAAUCCGCUUCUCGUUAAUUCAGGAAAACGAGAAGAUGGAAAUUUUCUAAGCGAUAAAAUAAAAAUUGAGACUCAUCAAAAAGUGAGGAGGAAAAGUCUUUUUUCGUCCGGUUCAGCGCCAGAGUUUUCCGGCUCUUGGAGCCUCGGCGUUGAAGGUCAAAAGGAUGUUAGAACGCCGAAAAAAAGUUUUAUGGAAGAUGGGGGCUCCAGCAUUCAGCCUAUGGCAACCGGAUAUUUUCCUCGACCUCUUGAAGGGCAGAGUCUCACGAGCUUUCUCUCUUCUGCCCAGUUUUCUCGUGCCAAUGCCGAACUCGAUCGUGAAAAUGCUCAUUUCAGUAUUUCUGAAGCUAUGAUAGCUGCCAUAGAACAGGUAAAAUGCAAUCGACAGUUACGUUCAAUAGACGAAACCGUGGAUGAAAGCGACGAGGAAAUUAACAACUUGAAACAACGAAUUCGGAUGAGAAGACGUCAGAGGCAAGUGGAGCAAAGAAAAGCUGGAAAUUGGAGCCGGGAACUUUUAAGUGAUGGGAAAACCGACACCACAACUACGGAUCAGAGUGUGAGUCCUUUAUCCAGCUCACCAGGAACUCCAUCUGACAAUACAAUUUCGACGGAUGGCGUGGAUGAUCUUGAAAUUGAUGACGUUCGAAACUUAUCCCAAUUGCGAUCGUUCGGUGCUUCUAUGUCAAUGGCGUCUUUAUAUUCGGAUGCGGAUUUAUGUCGUUCGUCACCAAGACGAGGAAACGAAUCCGCCUUAACUGACAGUAUAAUUUCGGCAGAGGGAGUUGCUCUAUGUCUAAUAAGCAGAUUCAGCGAGCGACAUUUGCCGAGAGCCAGUGAGUUGCAGUGGCUCGUUUCCGAGCAAGAUGCACCGCAGCAGCUACUGCCAAUGCCUAAAAAUUGGUCCGCCAAUUUAAUGGAUGAAGGACAAAGCGAUGAUGCGACCAGUCAAGUUAUCCCCCUGAGAGGGACAAUCGAGUGGGCUCCUCCGCGUCCGCAAAUAAUUUUUACGCCUCACCCGCCACCUGCAAAAAAAAUUCGUAUAGCAAAACAGAAUUAUCGUUGCGCAGGCUGUGGAAUGAAAGUUGCCGUAGAAUAUGCGAACCGAUUUCGUUACUGCGAAUAUUUGGGGAGAUAUUUCUGUACCGGAUGCCACACGAAUCAAGUAGCGCUGAUACCCGGGAAAAUAUUGUCCAAAUGGGACUUCAACAGAUAUCCGGUCUCAAACUUUUCCUACAGAUUGUUGGACCAAAUGGCGGUCGAUCCAUUGUUUCAGGUCAAUGAUUUGAAUCCACUUUUGUACAGGCGGGUAAAACAACUCGAACGAACGAGAUUACUACGUACGCAAUUAUUCUAUCUCAAAGAUUUUAUGCUGACAUGCAGAUUUGCCCAAAGUGUGCAGGAAGCUUUGAAAAAACAACCGAAUUAUAUUUUCAACGAUCCCCAUAUUUAUUCUAUGCAAGAUUUGGUCUCCGUCAAAGUUGGCACUCUUACAACAAAGCUAAGCGAAAUUGUGCAAGAUUGCUGUGCUCACGUUUCCGAAUGUGUGCUCUGCGAGGCUCGGGGUUUUAUGUGUGAAUUAUGUUUCACAAAGGGUAAUUCUAAGGUAAUAUUUCCAUGGGAGCUGUCGAAAGUAACGAGAUGCAACGAUUGCGGCUCUUGUUUUCACAUCGAGUGUAAAAACCUGGCCAAAAACACGUUGAACUGCCCGCGUUGUUUGAGGCUACGUGAGAGACGCUCUCUCAAGGGUUAAUCCUCCUUAGCGAAAAAUUUAACGAAGCAAAUUGGAAAAAAAUAAUUUUCUUUUCUCCGACAAAGGAAUAUUUAUUUUCAUUGAACUCCGGAGCUUUUUCUCAAUUAUCGUAGUCAUCAUAAGCUGCCUAGUCUUUUUUUAGAUGAUGAGGCAUUUAAGCCACUUUUACACAGCAAAAUGUUGACACCUUUGAUUUAUACCAAAAUUCAGUAUUGCUUUUGUACAGACAGAGGGCUUAUUUCGGAAUAUUUCGAUUGCACAAUUCAAGAGAUUUUCACAGCCAAUUAAUACCUCAUUUUCUGCACUACUGAUCUGGUUCAAACCGUGGUUGUUCGGCCAGAUUAAAGAGUGGCAAAUCUAUGCGAAUCUGUGUGUACUUUUUAAUGCAGAAGAUCGAAGGUCAGAUCUGUGAAAAAUGAUUUUUUCUCACUGAGACCAAAACAAUUUUUGUUCAUAAGCGGAUCAAAAACUUUAACUAAUUCUGGUGAUCGGUGAAAUAGCUAAAUCGAGUCCCAAAACGUAACUAUUUAAUGCUCAUGAAAAAAAAUCGUAAUAACACCAAUCAAAACGGCGAAAUCAGUGCGUUUGUACACAAAAGUGACGUGGCAUGACUGAAAUACAUUUUUUCUCAGGAGGCCGGACCAACGAAAAAAUUAUAAAACUUUUCAUAGCUCUUCUCCGACCGUCGAUAGUUGUUAUUUUUGAGAGUUUCACUCGAUUGAAUUUUUACUAAUAUGAAAUUUUCAAUAAUUACCUGAAUAUUGAGAUCAAUAUUGAUAAACGUAAAGUACAAAUCAACUCAAUUGAGUAUUCUAUAAUCUUUAUCAAUAAUCCCUUUAACUGAAACCUGAGUUUUGAUUCUACAACUCGUUUGCGAAUGGAGUUACAUUCAAAAGUGAUCAAAGCAUCGAAAUAUAUUUAAUUUUCUAUCUUAACGUUCUUUCAACAAUGAUUUCGUACAAACUUAAAGUACACUUUUAAAAAUCGAAACAGUAUCGACAUCUCGUGGUAAAAAUCGUUUAAAUCCCACUCGAUCAUUCGACUAUGAAUUUCUUCAUCGUUUUAAAAAUCUCAAAAUAUUUUGUUUCUCUGCAAGUUCUUGGAAGGUUCAUAUUUCUUCAUGAUUUUUUCGUAAUCCGGCCUCCUCGAAUAAGAACACAACAUUAGUGGUAAGAUGCAUGAAUCGCACUGUGAAGUAUUUUUCGAUUAAUUUUUCCAAUGUUUUUUACCGAAAUGUAAAGAUAUUUUGCAUACGAUAUAUUUUUCCGGAUUUCUUCCGAGCCAAUAGAGAGCUAAAAUCGAUGAGCUCUCCUGGAGAAUGUCCGAAAAUAAACAGUAGCGAUCGGAUAAUGUCCGAAGUUCAAAUGUUGGGGAUCAGAUUGCGCGCCGAGGAUCCGAGAUCUUUUUUAUGGCAAAUUUCUGUACGAUAAAAUAUAAGCAUAGUCGAGCUCUUGACCGCGUUUUACUCGAGAAGAAAUAUUUUUGCUUCGUUUCGUAACGACAUUCCGGAAGGAAAAUUAAUCGAAUUUAUUAUUUGUAUUCCAAUGAUCUAAAAAAUUGAAAGCCAUACGAGAAGAUUCCUGUGAAAAUAGUUGCAAUCGAUACAGAGUUUCGUAUCACGCUGAAACGUAAACGUUUCGCUAGAAUAUGUGACUCGAGUCGAUGGAGUUCGAACAAAGCUUUGGUUCCAUUUGUCAAAACAACAUAUUUAAAACUCGAUGAAAUUUCAGAGGCCUCGUUUCGAGAAAAAAAGGAAUAUUUUUAAUUCCAGAGUAAUAAAGACUGAAGCUUUGUUAAAUCGAUAUUUCCACUUGUAAUGUAACAAAAUGUACAUCUGAUAAAAUUGAUUUUUUUUCAAUCAACAGGAUGUAGAAAAAGUGUUCCUGUGACUUCACAGUCUAAUAGUAGUACAUGUUAUUUAAUGUAAUAACGCUAUUUAUAGUACCUGGUAUUUAUGAAAAAUAAUCGAACAAAUGUUAAUUUAUCGCUGUUGUCUAUUUUACAAAGAAUUUACGAUAAACAAAUAACCGCUCAACUUCGAUUGUUUUCUCUGUAAUUAAUUUUCCUUGACAUAUUUUUUCGGCUUCUGAAUGGAAAAUCACUGUAAGGUUGACCAUGAAUUUUGCACAGGAAAAGUCGUUAUUAGGAUUCACGAAAAAGUUGAAAUAAUCUUAUCAAAUUUGUAUAUUCCUUGCAAAAUUUCACUGGUGAUCGAACAAUAUUCAGAAACUAAAAAAAACUCAUUCAAAGAUUCAAAGAUAAUUUGAGAGCGAAAAGAUCGAGCACUGACUGACAGAACUUGUAAAUUUCGACGAAAAAAAGUUACAGCGAUUCGCAGUGGAUGCAGAAAGAGCUGCUUAUCCUCGGAAUGCAACGCUCCGAGAAAAUACACGAAACAUUUAAAUUAGUGAAAUUUGUACAAUAAACUAUUAAACUUGA